UCCCCUGUCCCCAGUUUCUUGAUCAUCAUCAUCAUUCCAAGAAAAGCUAAAAAUGUCAGGAGCAAGAAACAUCGAUCUUCUUCCCCCGGAGAUGAUAACCGAAAUAUUCACUUGUCUUCCUGCUAAAUCUCUGGGUCUCUGCAAGUGCGUCUCCAAGUCUUGGAAUUCUUUCAUCUCCCACCCCUCUUUCAUCAAAGCCCAUCUCGCCAAAACCUCCAUUACCAAACUACUCCUCAUUGACAAUGGCUAUGGGAGCUCUCUUUUCUCUGUUUCUUACGCUAACAACAAUCUUGAUGCCAUUGCAACAAAAUCGAGUUUCAGGACUUCUCAGUACUUUAUAAACGUGUGGACUAAGGUAUGGGGAUCAUGCAAUGGCUUGAUUCUACUUGAAAACAACAGAGGCGUCAGGUUCUUGCUUAAUCCCACAACUCUCAAGUUCAGGAGGUUGCCUCGUCAGUAUGGUGGAUAUUACAAUAAAAUGCUUGGGUUUGGCUAUGAUUCCUCUUCGGAUGAUCAUGUAAUUGUGCUUAUUUCUUGUCUUCUCUCGGAUAAAAGUAAUGCUUAUGUUUUUGUUUAUGAGCUUAAAGGAAACAUAUGGAAGUCGGUUCAAGUUUCGCCUUAUGAUCAUUCACUCAUAAGGCUUGUCCCCGGGAUUUUCUUUAAAGGGUAUCUGCAUUGGUUUGCGAAAGAUGGCAAGGAUGGUUUGUUGCUCAUUGCUGCAUUUGAUUUGGCUAAGAAGGGAUUCUCAAGAGUGGCACUGCCUGAUGGUAUUGUUGAUUUGAAGACGGAGUUUCUUAGUAUUCAGGUUCUUCACGGGUGCCUUUGUGUAAUUGCUGAGUAUAAUAGUAAGACUGAGUUAUGGAUCAUGAAGGAGUAUGGUGUGGUUGAAUCUUGGAUUAAAUUGGCGGUUGAUGUAAGUGAAGGUUCUUGGCUUGUGUCAACACAUUUGGAGGAAGAUAGCUUACUCAUGCUGAAAGGUAGUCAGUUUCUCUUGCUGGUUUCCAAUACAGAAGAGGCUAAGCUUCAGCCUGUGAAUGUUCUUGGAUUACCAUCUGGAUUUAAAAUUGGAAUGAGUUACGUUGACAGCCUUUUCUCACCUAGAAGGGAGGACUGGAAGAUCAAGAAAACACGAAGGAGAUCAAAGAACAAAACAGAGGCUGGAAUGAAAAAUUACAAUGUUUGAAGGUCUUCUGCAGACUCCAGUGCAAGUAGAUUAUGUGAUUAGCCCUAAUGUUGAAUCUGCUAUCAUCUGGAAAAUGUCUUUAGUGGUAAUUGGUAAAAUUCUACAACUGUGCUGAAAUUGGACAAACAUGAGAGCCUUACUAAUCAAGGGUUUCUCCCUGAUCCUAGGAUGGUAUUUUAAGUUUUAAUGACUUGAUACACAACUGAUGAAUGUUUGUUUAAUGUUGCUGUUAGUUGAUUCCAGAUUUGUAAAUCUUUCGGUCAAAGU